CCCUCGCUGUACAUGCAAACGGAACUUGCCAAAAUUGUUGGAUUCAAUGGUAAUUCGAUGGCCCAAUUGAUCAGCUUCCUGCUAAAGUAUAAUUUUACGGAACAUCAUUUCGAGAAUGCUACGCAACUUGUUGGUGGAAUCGAUGCAGUACUAUGGCUUGGUUGCCGAAAUGAUAACAAAACCAUCGUACAGGUUGAAGUUGCAUACGCUGGUGAGAAAUCCAUCGAAUCCUAUUCUUCAUCUGUUAAGAACCCAUACCUUCUUUCAAUGCCUAAAGGCCUAUUUUGUAGUGGUCUUCCGGAAGCCAAAACACCGGUUUCAUUUCCCAGCAAAUUCGAGAUGUCUUUCGAUUAUACGGAUGUUGGUGGGAAAAUUGUCCACGAUAUCGACAUGUAUUAUAACGGCAAUGAGCGGAUCUUGUCGAUGCGCUUGAACGCCGUAACGGACAAAGAUGUACCAUUUGUUGGAAAUGCUUCGAUUCCAAAAGGAUUGACAAAUAUCAAUAUUAUUCACGAUUUUCAGUAUGGCUUUCAGUACCUGUUGGAUGCAGAGAAUAACGUAUGUAUGGGUGUUGGAGCGAUUGAUGAGAAAUUUGGUAAUGUAGAAAUGUUGAAUGCAUCCACCAAGGAGAUCGAUUUGAAAGAACCAGCGAAAUUGUUCUUGAUCGCAGCAGACGCAAAGUUUUAUAGUGCUGGACGGAGAAACGUGGAUUCUGUACCUUUCGAUGUUUAUGUGACGAAAGUGAAUUCAACACCUACAACAUCAACGGUUAUCGAAAUGCUUUUUACCACCGAGAAUUGGGUUGCUGAAUCAGCUGUGGCACCGUUUCUUCAUUCCAUCAUACAAUAUCAUAAGGACCAGUCGAAUAAGGAAAAGAAAACGAUAAUCCGCGUUCAUUCAUUCAAAAAUGGUUCAGCAGCGGAAACACAGAAAGCUUCGUUAUCGAUUUAUCCUUGCCUGAAACUUGUCGAAGAUAGCUAUUUAUAUGUUUACGUUAAAAAUGCGACACUUAAGGAUUUGGAAAAACUGGGAAUUGGUCGGGUACGUGAAGGACUACGUGAAGCUGUCGCGCAUGUUGCUGGUGUUUCUGUACUUCGAAUUGCCAAUUUCUUCGAAUUUGCCGGCGAAAUUGAUAAAUUGGAGAUGUAG